AUGGGUCAUGAUUUAGAAUACCCAUGGGACUUCUACGUAACACGCAACAAGAAAAAAACCAACAAGCAAAAAAUCACCCUCAAAGCCUGGGAAGAAAGACUUAAAAAAAUCAACACUUUUAAGACCGUGGAAGAUUUUUGGCACGUCUACAACAACAUUAAAGUUCCCACAGAUAUCAAAGGCAGAGGGGAUUAUUUUCUAUUCAGAGAAGGAAUUCUGCCAGAGUGGGAAGACCCUCGCAAUGCUCAAGGAGGAGCCUGGUCUUUUAAGACUGAACACUUAGAAAAAAUUAAUGAACAAUGGCUAAAUUCAGAGCUGGCUUUAAUUGGGUGCCAAUUCUUGGACUUAUCACCACACAUUUGUGGAGCUGAACUUUCUGUCCGCGUAAACAGGUUCAGAAUCGCUAUUUGGACAGAUUCAAUUGAAGAGCGCUACAUACAGAGUGUUGGGCUUAAACUUAAAGAUAUACUGGGAAGAGAAGCCAUUUUAGAGUUCAGGAAACAUUUCGACGAAAAAGUUUUAUUUACUUUAUAG